AUGCUUUCUCUAACGCCCCGGGUGAAAUCAACGGCGGGCUGGCUAGAGAAUAGUGAUAGAAAAGCAUUUGCUUUACUGCACUAUAAAGAGCUUCUUGAAGUUCCAGUUCCUCACAGCAAAAAUGCACUUCUCCCAAGUGACACGACUGCGGACGACUCUUCAGUAGGAUUCUCAGAAGUGGUUUUGUAA